UGAAAGUUUGAGGACAGUCGCCUGACCGGAUGGAAAGUUGUGGGUUUCCGUUAUUCUGCCCGGAGUUCGGUUCGGUGGCGCCGUUAAUUUGGCCGAUAUUUAACCCCGGCGGGGUGUUACAGAGGGUUUCGGUGCCCCGGGUGUUGAUAAUGCGUGUGUGAGGCUGAGGUGACGGGUGUGUGGAGUGUGUGGUGAGCUGAAGGGUGUGUGGAGUGUGAGGCGAGCUGAAGGGUGUGUGGAGUGUGAGGCUGAGGUGAAGGGUGUGUGGAGUGGAGUGUGUGGAGAGCUGAAGGGUGUGUGGAGUGGAGUGUGUGGAGAGCUGAAGGGUGUGUGGAGUGGAGUGUGUGGAGUGGAGUGUGAGGCUGAGGUGACGGGUGUGUGGAGUGGAGUGGAGUGUGUGGUGAAUCAUGGGGAACCGCGGGAUGGAGGAGCUCAUUCCCCUCAUCAACAAGCUGCAGGACGCCUUCAGCUCCAUCGGCCAGAGCUGCAACCUGGACCUGCCGCAGAUCGCCGUGGUGGGCGGCCAGAGCGCCGGGAAGAGCUCCGUGCUGGAGAACUUCGUCGGAAGGGAUUUUCUUCCCCGAGGUUCUGGUAUUGUUACUCGUAGACCCCUCAUCCUUCAGCUGGUCAACCACAAAGCAGAAUAUGCUGAGUUCCUCCACUGUAAAGGUCGGAAGUUUGUUGACUUUGAGGAGGUGCGGCUGGAGAUCGAAGCCGAGACGGACCGCAUCACCGGCUCGAAUAAAGGAAUCUCACCCAUUCCCAUCAACCUGAGAGUGUACUCUCCUAACGUGCUCAAUCUGACUCUGAUUGAUCUUCCUGGGAUGACAAAGGUUGCCGUUGGCGACCAGCCACCAGACAUUGAGUUCCAAAUAAGGGACAUGCUGCUGCAGUUCAUCACGAGGGACAGUUGUCUGAUUUUGGCUGUCACUCCUGCCAACACCGACCUUGCCAACUCCGAUGCACUCAAGAUAGCCAAAGAGGUCGACCCUCAGGGUCUGCGCACCAUUGGUGUGAUCACCAAACUGGAUCUGAUGGAUGAAGGAACAGAUGCCCGAGAUAUUCUGGAGAACAAACUGCUGCCUCUGCGUAGAGGCUACAUUGGCGUGGUGAACCGGAGUCAGAAGGACAUUGAUGGCAGGAAGGACAUCCGCGUGGCUCUGGCAGCAGAGAGGAAGUUCUUUUUGUCUCAUCCUGCGUACAGACACAUGGCUGAGAGGAUGGGAACACCGUACCUGCAGAAAGCACUCAACCAGCAACUGACGAAUCAUAUCCGGGACACGCUGCCCAGUCUGCGCAGUAAACUGCAGAGUCAGCUGCUCUCGUUGGAGAAGGAGGUGGAGGAGUACAAGAACUUCAAACCUGAUGAUCCGACACGCAAAACUAAAGCCCUGCUGCAGAUGGUGCAGCAGUUCGGUGUAGACUUUGAGAAGCGGAUCGAGGGUUCAGGUGAUCAGGUGGACACUCUGGAACUUUCUGGAGGAGCUCGAAUCAACCGCAUCUUCCACGAGCGCUUCCCCUUCGAACUCGUCAAGAUGGAGUUUGAUGAGAAAGAACUGAGGAGAGAAAUCAGCUACGCAAUUAAGAACAUACAUGGUGUGAGGACGGGCUUGUUCACCCCGGACCUGGCGUUCGAGGCCAUAGUGAAAAAGCAGAUCGUUAAGCUGAAGCAGCCGUGUCUGAAAUGUGUGGACCUGGUCGUGUCCGAACUCUCUGCUCUCGCCCACAAGUGCACGGAGAAGCUGAGUUCAUAUCCUCGACUGAGAGAGGAGACCGAGAGGAUUGUCACCACCUACAUCAGAGAGAGGGACAGCAAGACGAAAGACCAGGUCAUGCUGUUGAUUGACAUCGAACUUUCCUACAUCAACACCAAUCAUGAGGACUUCAUUGGUUUUGCAAACGCCCAGCAGAGUUCCGCUGUCACCAAGAAGAGAGCUGUUCCCAACCAGGUGAUCAGGAAGGGUUGGCUCACAAUCAACAUCAGCAUAAUGAAGGGAGGCUCUCGGGAUUACUGGUUCGUCCUGACCGCCGAGUCACUGUCCUGGUACAAGGACGAGGAGGAGAAAGAGAAGAAGUACAUGCUCCCUCUGGAUAACCUGAAGAUCAGAGAUGUAGAGAAAGGCUUCAUGUCCACCAAACACACCUUUGCUAUCUUUAACACUGAGCAGAGGAACGUGUAUAAAGACCUGCGUCAGAUCGAGUUGGCGUGCGACUCUCAGGAGGACGUGGACAGCUGGAAGGCCUCGUUCCUGCGGGCCGGAGUGUAUCCCGAGAAAGACCAGGUGGAGAACGGUGAGGGGGCUCCAGCAGACACCUUCUCCAUGGACCCUCAGUUGGAGAGACAGGUGGAGACGAUCCGGAACCUGGUUGACUCCUACAUCGGCAUCGUCAACAAGAGCAUCCGGGACCUUAUGCCCAAGACCAUCAUGCACCUCAUGAUCAACAGCGCAAAGGAGUUCAUCCACUCGGAGCUGCUGGCGUUCCUGUACUCGAGUGCGGAUCAGAGCGUGCUGAUGGAGGAGUGUGCUGAUCAGGCUCAGCACCGUGAAGAGGUGUUGAGGAUGUACCACGCCCUCAAAGAGGCUCUCAGCAUCAUCAGUGACAUCAGCACCACCACCAUCUCUACCCCCCUGCCCCCACCUGUGGACGACACCUGGAUCAACAUGGAAACCAGCCCUUCUCAGGUGAAGCCUCCAAGCUCCGCCCUUCCUCCAGGUCGUCCUCCUGCAGUGAGGGGUCCCACCCCUGGUCCUCCCCCGGUCUCCGCUCCUCCACCAAUAGCGCCACCAAUUCCAUCUCGGCCCGGUCCACCACCUGUGAUUGCGUAUGGGGGAGGGGUUCUGGAGCCAAGCUCCGCCCCUCCACCACAGAUCCCCUCUCGACCCGCCCGAGUGCCCCCUUCCAUACCUCCUGGAAUCCCCAGAAGACCUCCAGCAGCUCCAAACAGGCCAACCAUCAUCCGCCCGUCUGAGCCAUCCCUGCUCGACUGAACACGCAUAUACCUACAGACAAAGAGAAAACGAUAUGGCUAAAGAAGUGUGUACGUGUGUGCUAAACACAAACACACUUGCUCACGUUAUCGUAAAAUGAAUUGAUCCGCCUUAGUUCUGUAGAUGUCCAUAGAGACCACGUUAUUAUUGUGUCAAUUCCAUUUUCUUUUUUUAACAAGUCUAUUAUCAAUUUCAGGAAUAACCCUCACUCCACCUACACGAGCUAUCUAAUGCUAAUUCUGGAGCGGACAACAGUGUGUAGGAUCGAUAUGAGGAAUUUAUACAAAAUGAAGUAAAACUCAGCAAAUAUAGUGUUGAUGGAUUUGACUUGAGCACGUUUUAAUAGUCGUAUUCCAGCUGCAGUGUUCAGAUCAGGAAAAUGUGAGACUGAAUACGAAUUCGUAUUGAGAAACCUCUUUGUAUUACGUUUUAUUGCUAUAAUUGUCAUUUAUUCGAAACAUUUUGUGAACAACAGACUGUUAUUGUGUAUCAGUUUCCUAAUGUGCAUGAAUGAAAACGAACGUGUUUACAGAUAAAUUGUUAAUAAUUAACCCGUAGCUGGAAAAGGUGCUCGGUUUCAUCUAAUCAGGUUUGCGCUAAUAAUCACUUGUAUGUUAUUUGCUAGUAUAAUAUACCUCGCUAAUUGCUAACAUGCUAACACUAAUCAGGGACCCAAACUGGACGUGUUUUUUGCUUUAAACAGUGCCUUAUAUACACGACACACCCUUAUGUACAGAUUUAAAGUUUGUACGUGUUUAUCUGCACUUUGAUGCACGUGAUCUCGCGCUCUAACAACGCUAAAACUUUUAGGUCGGGAUAAGUUCCUGCUAAAAGCUGCAAACAAAUGUGUCGAGGAGAUUAUCGUUGAAUUAAUUAUAAAAUUACUUUAUAACAGAAUCUGUUUUGCGAGUGCAAUAUGAUCCAACUAGGAAAAGUAUUUGAUCUUUUUUUACUUGUUCGUGUUGUGAAUUUUCAAGCCACGUUUAUGAAUCCGUGAUCGCACGACCCGAGCAACAAUUUUGAGGGGUGGUGUCAGUAUGAGAGAAAGGGGUGUGGCUACAUGUGUGAAUAACUUAGUUUGUACAAGUCGUGAAAACAAAUUGUAAAUGAUGACACUGAAUGUGAGCAUCGAUUAAUCAGUGUUGCAUCAGAUACACGUAAACACGUCGCAGAUUUACAAAACUGAUCAGGUUCGACUGUGAUUCUUUACAGUGUUAUUUUGUCGUUGAAUAUGCAAUUAUAGGAAAUUGGCUUUACGUGUGACGCGGAAGUUCAGCAUCAUGACCGUGCUGCUGCUGCUGCUGAUUUGUUAGCUAAAACACUAACGCACCGCGUUAACAUCAGACCUUUGCUAGCAUUAGUUAAUUAGUGAGCUACGUUCAUCACAAAGAUAAACGUGCAUGUAAACUUGCUGGCUAGCGAUAGUUAAACAGUUAGCUGGCUAGCUAGCUGUGUUCUUUGAGCUAAACCCGUCGCGGUGUUAUUGUCGUGAUUAUGAUACUGAAUUAACAGCAAAAUCUGCAACUCCGACACUCGGUGAUCCUUAACUUGCAUUUAACUGCCGUGCGUUUUAAGCCAAGUAAGUUUAUCACUUUGAACAGGAUGAUAUUAGAUUAGCGAUGAUGUUUGAAGCGUUAAAAUGCAUAUUACUUUACUUUAUUACUCCGCCUUCGUUUUCUUACAUAUGAAGUUUUAUUAUAGAGGUCAUUUUUUUUUCAUUUUCUUCUGUAUGCAUUUUUUUUUUUUUUUAAUUUUCAGCCUGAACACAUCCUGUGGCUAGCUUUUAUUUUAAAAUCUUUUUUGCAUUCUUUUUUUAUGAAUAUUUUGUAUUUUGACCAUCUGUGCCUUGUUAUAAGUGCCUGCUUUAUUAUAAUACUCCUCAAUAAAUGCAACGAUAAAAAAUGAGACAAGGAAAAAUUAAUAAUAAUAAAGGGAAUUCAACUCA